AAGAGGGUCUUGUCAUGACCGACGCUUAGAGGGAGUUUCGGGAUACCCCAGUGGACAGACGACUUAUAUUCGAUCUAGGUGCCAAUGAUGAUAGUGCUGAAAGCGGCAGUGGGUCGAGUAGUGGAGGUAGUUCUGAAAGCGACAAUGAUGAUAAUCGUGGAGGUAACAACGAUAAACAUGAGCAUGUUGAGUACGAGGAUGCAGAAUGUGGAAAGGUGGAGGUAGGGACAUACACACAUAGUGUUGAUAUGUUCCAUGAUGUGGUGGGAGACGUACGCGAUGAGGAUGAGUUGAACCCACCUGAUGUCCACCCUGCGGAUUCCCAUAGAGAGCGACCUAGCCGCAGGAAGGGAGCCAAUCUUAACGAUUAUAUUUAUUUGUACCUGCGAAGCAUUGACAACUCAUUAUCGAGGUUGGAUGGUCAUAUAUCAAGUUUAGAUAGUCGUGUAUCCAAGAUCGAGGAAAACAUGAUAGACAUGAAAGCACAAUUGUCGACCAUCCAAUCACUGUUACAAUCUAUGUGCAAGGGUUCCAUGGUGAUUGAUGAGAUGACAAGGUCACCCAUCCCACAUACAGGUGACGAUGCCACGAUGUCGCUUAUCCCACCUAUUGAUCCUGAUACCACUAAUACGACUGCCUCUCAUACUCUCAUCCCCCCUCUAGAGCCUCCAAAUACCACCACUACACCUACUCAUAUCCCUCCUCUAGAGCUUGAUACCACAACAUCACCCACUGACGUCCAACCUAUAGAGGCCGACGUCCCACAUACACAGCCUGACGUGUCUACCUCACCCAUUGACAUCCCACAUUCAGAGGCUGACACGUCUGACUUACUCACUAUACCACAUACAGAGGCCAACACGUCUGACAUCUCAGAGGCCGACACUUCUAAUAUUGUUACAACCACACAAGGAGUUACAUUGGAAUCUUGAAGAACUAGUCGUAAGAGGAAAAGUGUUGAUAAAUAUACACCUUCAGCUCAACUAAAGAAGAAAAUAACAAAAGAUGACGAAACUAGGGUACAACUUCUGUCUGAAAGUCAAAAGGUUAAGUAUCCUCUCCCGGGUGUGCCUACAUCACUAUUCAGAGCGAUUGUCGGAUACAAUGUAGCACAUGACGUUCCACUUACUAUCCUUACCGAAAUGAUGGUCUGGAUCAUUGAUGAGAAUACAGAUAACGAGGUUUGAGAGAAUUCCUUUAAGCCACUAUCGAAGCAAUUUUUCAAGGAAUUGAUUGAACUGAGU